UUAAAUACAAUACAAUCCUGUGAUAAAAGCAAGGAUCCUCGACGUAUGCAUCGCAGUAGUAUUAGCAAGUUGGAUUUAAAUAGGUACCACCAUUCUUUCCUACAUAUAGGAUCUAACCAAAAUGAGCUCAGAAGGACUUCCGGAAGGUUUCUCCGCCAGCGCUCCCCCCGGCGUCGGUGGUGGCGGCGAUGCCGAACGACAGCAACAGUUACGAGAAGAGAUGAGGCAAAGACAGGAGAUGAAAAGUACGAUGUUAUCCCAUCUCCUCACACAAGAUGCCAGGGCAAGACUCGGUAGGAUAGCUUCGGUCAAACAGGAAAAAGGUCAGAUGAUUGAGAAUGCAUUGCUGAACAUGUUUCAAAGCGGACAGAUCAAGCCUAAAGUAACUGAGGAAAUGCUCAUGUCCCUUAUUGAUCAGAUAAACGAGCAGUCUGAGAAGAAACAGAUCAAGAUACAUCGUCGCCGCGUAUUCAGUGACGAUUCGGAUGAGGAGGACGACAAAGACGACUCCGACGACGGCUGGUGAUGAGUUGUCCACAAUCCCCCUGCCUAACACAUGCCUCGAUUAUUAAGCAAUCAGAAGAAGAAGAAAAAGCCGCCGCCGCCGCCGGGAGCAUGUACCAGGGCAUAUAGCCCAAAUGAGAUCCUAUACACGCGAAGUGCGCAAGUGUGUGCAAUAUAGUUCUUGUUUAUUGCUAUAUUGCUGCAUCAGCCAUGACCGAGCUGGACAUCUGCCUUUGCCUAUUAUUUUCAACAAAAUCGGGCUACAAACAAAGUAAUCGAUAUCGCGGCAUUGCCGGAAGACUUUCACAAAAAAAUUCUAUGUCAGGAAAAACAGCAUGCUCGACAAUCGCUUCGCUAUCACGGAGUCAUUCUGAGAGAAGUACCCUCGGGAAGACAAUAAACAAUAUAGAAGGCAGCCUCUCUCGUCAAGCUACUGCGUUAUUAACUUUGCAUUUGUGUCGUACAACAGCUGGUCUCUAUGCGAUAUAUGAGCGAACUUCUUAUGGGUCCAGUGCCCUCGACUAAUGAGGGUAUGCCUAGCAGCUUGAGUUAGGCAUUAUGUUUACAGCAACCCUUGGACGAGAAAUGAGACGGAAACAAUGUUUGUAUUUUAUGUAGAUUCCGGCUAUUUUUUUGCCAGCUGUAGUAGUUCGCGUUCAGAUGCAAUCCAAUUUGUAUAUAUCAGGGUGGCCUACAAUGGGCCUGCGGCGAGUGUAACUCCAUAUAAACGGCAAAUGUCAUCG